UAGCUCAGUAUAGAGUAGCGGGGUCUGUGGAGAGCCGGCUGCGUGUCGCCAGGUGUGAGCUCGUAAUUUGUUUCUUGUGUUCUGCGGGAGCUUUCAGUGAACUGUCGUCUUUUUUGGAGCUGUGUCGGUUUGAGGAGCGCGCAGAAUAGCCCGCCUGGAAGGGUUUUGAAGUGUGGUUUUGUUUUCAGUCGCAAUCUGUAACGGUCGCUGCGCCAGCGGGCUGCAGGCGCGGUUCCUCUCCGCUCGGCUUCGCAGUCUAGCCGGCAGGCGGCGGCGGCGCUAUCCUUGUAGGGUUUGUUUUUUUUUUGUUUUUUUUUUCAAAGCACCCAGUUCUAAUUUAGAUGGCAAGCUUCCCAGAUUUUGUAAACGAAAAUGAAAUAGCUAAGUCCUGGUUCAUUGGAGAGCUUUUGACACCGUCCGCCCCCUUUGACCAGAAGUCUGGCCGGGAAACCUGGACUGUCUCUUUCGCUCCAGACGGUUCUUAUUUUGCUUGGUCUCAGGGUCACCGCAUCGUCAGGAUCGUUCCCUGGUCCCAAUGCCUGAACAAUUUUACGCUUGAUGGCAAUGUCAGUAACAAUGUGGAGGACAGAAGGCUGUCCACACAGAACAGCGAUGGGCAGCAGCAGAAGAAUAUACCCCGGGAGCACACUAUUGACUGUGGAGACAUUGUCUGGGGCCUGGCGUUCGGCUCGUCGGUGCCAGAGAAACAAAGCCGCUGUGCCAAUAUAGAAUGGCAUCGCUUCAAGUUUGGACAGGACCAGCUGCUGCUAGCAACAGGGCUCAACAAUGGCCGCAUCAAGAUCUGGGAUGUAUAUACAGGUAAACUGUUGCUAAAUUUAAUGGAUCACACUGAAGUAGUGCGUGACCUGACUUUUGCCCCAGAUGGAAGCCUUAUUUUAGUGUCUGCCUCCCGAGAUAAAACCCUGAGGGUUUGGGACCUUAAAGAUGAUGGAAACAUGAUAAAAGUGCUGAGAGGACACCAGAGUUGGGUGUACUGCUCUGCUUUCUCUCCCGAUUCUUCUGUUCUGUGCUCUGUAGGAGCUGGGAAAGCGGUGUUCCUGUGGGACAUGGAUGCAUACACCAUGAUCCGCAAGCUGGAAGGUCAUCAUAAUGAUGUAGUGUCUUGUGAAUUUUCUCCUGAUGGGGCCUUAUUGGCAACGGCUUCUUAUGACACGCGUGUUCUAGUCUGGGAUCCUUGUACUGGCAGUGUGUUGCUUGAGUUUGGACACCUGUUCCCUCCUCCAACUCUUAUAUUUGCUGGAGGAGAGAAUGACCGCUGGGUGAGGUCAGUCUCGUUCUGUCACGACGGGCAGAGCAUUGCCAGUGUUGCUGAUGACAGAAUGGUAAGGUUCUGGAAUAUUGAACAGAAGUCUCCACAAGCCAUUGCCCCAUUGAGUAAUGGGUUAUGUUGUGCUUUUUCAAUUGAUGGGCGCACUUUAGCUGCUGGAACUCGUGAUGGCAGCGUUUACUUCUGGGCCACGCCUCGGAUCAUCUCCAGUCUCCAGCACUUGUGCCGCAUGGCAAUUCGAAGAGUGAUGUCCACUGACGAGGUCAAGAAGCUUCCUGUCCCAGAUAGAGUGGUGGACUUUCUGUCUUACAGGAUUAUGUGAAAAAAUAAGCUGAAUUGCACGCUACGUACCAAUGAAAUUCCUUAAACUGAAAAUGUGCUGUUUAUAAAUGCCAUGCUGUGGGUUUGAUACAUUGUAUUGUCUGUUCGAAGUUCUCCAGGAUAAUAUGUAUAGAUCUGAACAUUGCAAAGUACUGGAGGGCCUCAUUUUCACUGUGCUAUUUAUCAGUCAUUGUUCUUGUGAGAGAAAUAAUCGCCUCCUAAGCAGACCCUAUUUGUUUCUAUGUUAGAAAAGCUGUGAAGACAAUAGUGUGUGUAUAAAAAGCAAUUUUUUUUCUUUUCUGGUUGAAGCUGAUUUACAAGCUGGUGUGUGUAAGAUAGUGUUUGUUCUGUAAUAAGUUCUGCUUAUAGUAUGAGGGAACUCGCUGUGCUGUGAAGACAGAUUGGUGCAAGACUCUGCACACUGGAGUUUCAAUGUAUUUGAGCAGGUCAAAAAAGCAGAUUUAUUUUUGUAAGUUUUUUUUUUUUUCUCUGUUAAAGCUGUACAGUGGGUUUUGUGUUGAAUUCAGUUUACAGAAUUGGCAAUGCUAGUUAGACCAAUGGUUUUGACCAUUGUGGCUGAUGCCAAAGGCUCUGUAUGAUCAGUGUUGUGUUUUUUUUUUUUAUUUUAUGUAUCCAAGCCUGUUUGCAUGUACUGUGAAUGAUGACAUGCUCCUGCACAAUUGCAUGGAGUAGACACAUCUUACAGCUUGUUUCAUUUGUAAAUGGGUUAGAACAGCAGUCUAUAGCCCCACCAGUCACUCCAGUCACGUUGGGGUUCUUAUGAUUUAUCAUAUCUGGUGGGAUUUUAUGGUCCGGUAACUGCCAAAGUUAAAGCAAGAUGCUUUAACCAUUGUGUAUCUGUACUUGCAGGUAUAAAAUGAAUAUAUCAUU